AUGGACGCAAAAGCAAGACUCGCAGCUCUCAAAAGAAAGCGCAUGGAAGCAAAGACUGCGAAUCACAGGGAUGUUGUUGAGGAGGAUCGCGUCGCGAAACUACCGGCUAACUUCGAAGCAAAGAAAGAGCGAGCUCAAUAUGAACUUUCUGAAAUUGAACGAAAGAAAGAAAUCGAAGCAGCAGGUGGCAAUUACGAGCGUGCGAAGAUGCUGAACAAAACAGCGCUGGAUUUGGAGAGAAAAGAUGCGAAACGCAAACGCACGAAGAACCCGGACCCCGGCUUCAUCUCCUGGGAAGAUAAUACUGCAAGACAAUAUAAUAGACUCACACGGGACUUCAAAGUGGAUAUGGAAAAGUACGAGCAAGAAAAGCAAGAAUAUGGGGAUGACUUCUACGCCGGACUUUCCACAGCUUCCAUUCUUCCAGGAAGACUCAAGGACUCUGAAGAAGCAAAAUCGAGACUCGUCAAUGUUGUCAAGGCACAAAUCGAGAAGAGAAAGAACUUCCACAGACGACGCAUGCACGACGAAGACAAGGACAUUACUUACAUCAACGAGCGAAACAGAAAAUUCAACGAGAAAAUUGACCGUAGCUACUCCAAGUACACACAAGAGAUCAAGCAAAACUUGGAGCGUGGAACUGCCAUCUAA